GUAAAACAGCCAAACGUUUUAUAAAAAGCACCUACAUCCCUUAACUUAUUACAACACAGUACUCUUCUCUGUUCUCUCCGAGUUUUCUCCACGGUCCAUAUCAAUAAAGACUCAAAUCUGUUCAAGAUGAUCCAACGGUUGGAAGCGCAAGGGCAAAAAAAUUCCGAUAAAAGAUAUCAAUGGGAUGAUGGAUCUGACCAUGAUGGCGUAGCAAAGAUAACUGUACGAGGUGACUUAAGAGGUAUACAAUACAUCUGGUUCGACUAUUACAAGAGUGGAAAAUUGGUAGAAGGGUCAUACCUUGGUUUACCGGAACCAGGUUUCACUCAAACGUUUGAAAUUAACCAUAUGAACGAUGAACAACUUGAAUCUGUUGAGAUUUACUAUGAACCGAAGGUGGGUGUGAUUCAAGGGAUUCAAUUCAAAACCAACUCGAGGAUUUCUGAACUGAUAGGGUUUGAAAAAGAUUGUACUAAGUUUUCACUAUCUGUCGUCGGAAAGAAGAUCAUCGGGUUCCACGGAUCUACCUCUGGAUCCCUUGAAUCUCUUGGAGCAUACUUCACUUGGAUUACUCCAACUAGAUUGGUAGCGAAAGGAGGACAGGGAGGCAAGGAGUGGACCGAUGGAGCCGACCAUGAAGGUGUUACAAAAAUCUAUGUACGAGGUGGUCGCGAUGGUAUACAGUUCAUACAGUUCAAUUAUAUCAAGAAUGGACGAGAAAUAUAUGGCUCGGCCCAUGGUGUCUCUGGACCUGGUGGUUACACUGUGCCGGUAUGGGUUAUUCAAGGACUUGAAUUCAAAACUAACCUCACGACUUCAGGCCUGAUAGGAUUCAAUACGGGCAUAAAGUUUAGAAUCGCAGGCAAUGGAAAGAAGAUAAUUGGGUUUCAUGGAUAUGCUGAGAAGAAACUAAUCUCUCUUGGAGCGUAUUUCGCAGCCUCUCCUAUCACUAAAUUGGAAUACAGAGGUGGAACUAAUAAAGGUAGAAUUUGGGAUGAUGGUGCCUUUGAUGGCAUAAGAAAGUUUGAGGUAGACUAUCCAAAUGAAUUUAUCACAUCUGUGGAGGGGACUCUGUAUGAAGAGGAUACAAUUGCGUCCUUGACCUUCAAAACAUCAAAAGGGAGAACUUCUUCGACGUUUGGAAAUGCAACUACUAAUAAAUUCGUGCUAGAGAGAAAAGGCUGUGGCCUUGUUGGGUUACAUGGACGGUCUACUGGUGCUCUUCAAGCUAUUGGAGCAUAUUUUCGUCCGCUGCCUCCUCCUCCUGACGGGGAAAAAGUAGAAGCAAAAGGUGGUAAUGGAGGAGCUUCUUGGGAUGAUGGUGAUUUUGAGGGUGUUAGAAAGAUAUAUAUUGGACUAAGCCAGAACUCCUUCGAGCUGAACUAUCCCGUUGAAUAUGUCACAUCAGUAGAGGGUAGUUAUGAUAAUAAAUCAGGAGCUAUAACCAUGCUUAGGUUCAAGACCAACACACAAACCUCUCCAGACUUUGGACUCGGUACUGCUACAGAUUUAAGCUUUGAACUCCUCAAGGUUGAUCACAAGAUCGUAGGGUUCCAUGGAUCCUCCAGUGCCAUGCUUCUCCAUAAGAUCGGUGUCCAUGUCAUACCUAUCUGACCAUAGAACCAAACAGUUCUCCAUCAACUUCAUCUCUUAUGUUUAUCUGCCAUUGUGUUUAAGCGACAAUCUCAUGUUCAAUGUAAUAAGACAAAAGUUUUUAUUUUCAAUCAUAAGAACACGCUUAUGGUCCCA